AUGGAUGAUACCAACAAUGGCUCUACUACAUUAACGUAUGAAUACAGACGCUCAUUGCGAUCCGAAGACAUACUGACCCAGACGGUAUGCCUCACUGUCAGCUCGUGUUGUGUUGGGAUGCGCCUGUAUUCGAAAAUCUCCAUCACACGAGCUCCAGGAUGGGAGGAUUUGACUUGUUUCCUGGCUUGGCUUGGCCUGAUAGGAUAUGCUGCCAUCACCUUCGAAACAGAUCGACAUGGGAGCGGCAUUCACCAGUGGGCCGUCGCUGCUUCCGAUCUGAGAGAAUUCUCCAAGGUCCUCUACGGCCCUUUAAUCUAUAUCACUAAGCUAUCCAUCCUACUCUUAUAUCUCCGUCUCUUCGCGCCGUCAAAGCGCAACACCCCUUUCUGGCUCAUCCAAACCCUCAACUGGAUGAAUUUCCUCUUCUAUUUAGCCGACACCAUCGUCAAGAUCUGCGAAUGCAAACCUCGCUCCAAGAUCUGGGACCAGGACAUCCCCGGGCAGUGUAUCAACAUCAACAUCCGAUCCUGUGCUUGCAUCUGCAGCGUGAUGCGUCUCGUAGUCAGCGUCCGAAACCGCACCACGCGGGACAGAACGCAUGACUGGUUUCCGGAGUUCCUAUGGACCACCGCCGAGAUCACCUCAGGGAUCGUCGCUAGUUGCCUGCCCGCGCUGCCGAGUUUCUUCAAACAUUCGUCCCAGAAAGCCAAGGCUUGGGUAUCGAGCAUCGGCACGGGGAGCGCUUCCACGCAGGUGAAGGGGCCCCUUGCCGCCAUCGACCAAAGACCUGGACCGGGACCGGGGCCGGGACCUGCAAUGCGUAUUAUUCCGCAGCGGGUUUGGAGAUCUGGACACGACUUCACAAGUACUACGGAGUCGACGGCGGAUAGCUACUGGGAGAUGAGGGAUGUUGGGGCUUAUCAGGGCAUAUGCUAUACCACGACGGAGGCCACUGCCAAUCGGAGUGUACCAGAGGCGAUCAAUGUGGAUGACCAUGACCCGACAAGUGAGGUAGAGCAAAGGCCCAGAGCCGGGAUCUUGAAGAUCGUCGAGGUAGAUAUUGAGACUGGACCUGAGACGGAGCGAUGA